GACUGAGUGAAGCUGGCAUGCUGCUCCUCGCUUCCCCACAGGCUGCGGGAGGAGGGGAAGAACCGCCCUCGCCCACCCCGGCGCAGAGAGCGAAUGCCAGAGUUCAGGCGGGGGGGAGCCGAGAAGGGGCUGGGAGCGGGCAGCGUUCUGAAGGAGUAGCGGGGAAGCCGGGAAAGGAGGAGACAACGCAGGGGACAAGGGUGGGCGCCAGUAACAUGAAAGAGCCGAGCCGUGCGGGGUCGGCCCAGCCGGGUGGCGGCUGCGGCUGCUGAAGCAGGCGCUGCUGCUGGAGCAGCGGCGGGGGGCUCCGCGGCGGGGCGCCCCCGGAGAGAGCCAUGCGGGCUGCGAAGUGGCUAGCGGGUCUGCUGUGCCCGCUCUCCCUUCUCAUCACCAAGUCCUGGGAAGUCCGGUUUCACCCCUCACAAGAGACUUUAGUGAAGCAACUCUCUUCCUACGAGAUAGUCACACCUACCCGAGUGAAUGAAUUUGGAGAAGUUUUCCCUCACACACAUCACUUCAGAAGGAAGAAAAGGAGCUUGGAGGCACCUGCGGAGCCCGCUGCUUUCAGGACACAUUACCAGCUCAAUGCUUAUGGGCAGCUCUUCCAACUGAACUUGAGCGCUGAUGCAGGAUUCAUUGCUGCUAAUUAUAAAGUGAUGCAUGUGGGGUCCGCACAGGAGCAGCCCUCCUCUGACUUGCGCCACUGCUUCUACCGGGGGCAUGUCAAUGCACAGGAGACACAUACGGCUGUCUUCAGCCUCUGUGGUGGCCUGAUGGGCACCUUUAAAGUACAUGAUGGUGAAUAUUUUUUAGAACCUUUGAUGAAGGCAGAUGGAGAUGAACAUGAAGAUGAUCAUAACAAACCACAUCUUAUAUACAGACAUGAAGAUUUAAAAAAUGUCAUUUAUCAGAACUCCCAGAAACCUUGUGAAGUUUCAGAAAAAGAGAUGAAGAAAAUCACGUUACCAUUUCCAGACUACGGCAGUUUAAAUGAAGACCUAAAUAUUUUACAAAAGGCCACAGUUUUAGAGUAUGCUUUUAAAAAUCUAUCAAUAGAGGUUGAUAGAAGCAAUCCACAUUCCCGGAAAAAACGUUUUCUUUCUUAUCCAAGAUAUGUAGAGGUGAUGGUUACAGCUGAUACCAGAAUGGUUCGUCACCAUGGACGGAGCUUGCAGCACUAUAUAUUAACACUUAUGUCAAUAGUUGCAGCAAUCUACAAAGACUCAAGUAUUGGAAAUCUCAUAAAUAUAAUGAUUGUAAAACUAAUUGUAAUUCACAAUGAACAGGAAGGACCAGCCAUCAGUUUUAAUGCAGCUACCACUCUUCGUAAUUUUUGUUUAUGGCAACAAACACAGAACAUUCUGGAUGAUGCUCACCCUUCUCAUCAUGAUACUGCUGUUCUCAUCACAAGGGAAGAUAUCUGCAGAGCUAGAGAGAAGUGUGAUACUCUAGGUUUAGCAGAAUUAGGUACAAUGUGUGACCCACUGCGCAGCUGUUCUAUAAGUGAAGAAAAUGGAUUAAGUGCUGCAUUUACUAUAGCACAUGAACUUGGGCAUGUAUUCAAUAUACCCCAUGAUGAUAGUUUUAAGUGUAAAGAAGCUGGAAUAAAAUAUCAGUACCAUGUAAUGGCCCCAACUUUAAAUUAUCACACAAGUCCAUGGACCUGGUCAAAAUGCAGUCAAAAAUAUAUCACUGAGUUUCUUGAUACUGGUUAUGGGGAAUGCCUUCUCGACAAACCAAAUGGAAGAAUAUAUGAUCUUUCAUCACAGCUGCCUGGAUCAAUGUAUGAUGUCAACAAGCAGUGUGAACUUAUGUUUGGUCCUGGGUCACAAGUAUGCCCCUAUCUGAAACAAUGCAAACGCUUAUGGUGCACAAGUGCUGAAGGAAUUCACAAGGGCUGUCGUACUCAGCAUAUGCCAUUGGCUGAUGGGACAGAAUGUGGUCUUGGAAUGCACUGUUACCAUGGGAUUUGUGUAAGCAAAGAAAUGGAAACACGUCGUGUAGAUGGAGAAUGGGGACCUUGGGGACCUUAUAAUUCAUGUUCAAGAACCUGUGGAGGUGGAAUCAAAAGCACAACCAGGCUGUGUAAUCGACCUGAGCCGAGAAAUGGAGGAAAAUACUGUGUGGGUCGCAGGAUGAAAUUUCGAUCAUGUAGUACUGAUUCAUGUCCAAAGGGCAAACAAGAUUUUCGAGAGCAACAGUGCUCUAAUUUUGAUGGUAAACAUUUCAACAUCAAUGGUCUUACAUCUGCUGUACGCUGGCUUCCAAAAUACAGUGGCAUUUCUAUGAAAGAUCGCUGUAAACUUUUUUGCCGAGUGUCUGGAACAACUUCCUACUACCAGCUGAAAGACAGAGUUGCCGAUGGUACCCCCUGUGGAACUGAAACCAAUGACAUAUGCGUUCAAGGCUUAUGCAGGCAAGCUGGCUGUGAUCAUGUGUUGAAUUCCAAGGCAAGGAGAGAUAAGUGUGGAAUCUGUGGCGGUGAUAAUUCUUCAUGUAAGACUCUUGCAGGUACUUUCAACAGUGCUCAUUAUGGUUAUAAUAUCAUAGUAAAAAUUCCCAUGGGAGCAACAAAUAUUGACAUUCGUCAGCACAGCUAUUCAGGAAAACCAGAAGAUGACAACUACCUUGCAUUAUCUGAUACUCAUGGGAAUUUUAUCCUGAACGGAAAUUUUGUUGUAAGCAUGUCUAAAAAAGAAAUUGGUAUACAAGGAGCCAUUUUUGAGUACAAUGGUUCAAACAACACUGUAGAGCGAAUUAACAGCACCCAUCGACUAGAAGAAGAGCUAAUUUUGCAGGUGUUAUGUGUAGGGAAUUUAUACAAUCCUGAUGUGCGUUAUUCAUUCAGUAUUCCUAUAGAAGAGAGAAGUGAUCUGUUUCUCUGGGAUCCAUAUGGUCCCUGGCAAGAGUGCAGCAAAAUGUGCCAAGGUCUUCGUAAAAGAAAAGUUACAUGCAUACGUAAGAGUGAUCACUUGGUAGUGUCUGACCAAAGAUGUGAAAAUAUACCUCCUCUACCAGCAGUCUCUGAAAAGUGCAAUACAGAGUGUGAAUUAAGGUGGCAUAAUAUUGGCAAAAGUGAGUGCACAUCACGGUGUGGCCCAGGGUAUCGGUCUUUAGACAUCCACUGCAUGAAGUACUCUGUUUCAAAAGGACUGAGUGUUCCAGUGGAUGAUAAAUACUGCGCUGAUCAGCAGAAACCACCAAUCAGAGAACCCUGUCAUGGUGACUGUCUGUUAACAAGCUGGCACUACACAGAAUGGUCAGAGUGUUCCAGGAGCUGUGAGAGAGGCAUAAGAACGAGAGAAGCUUUUUGUAUGAACAACUUUGGUCGUCGGCUAGCUGAUAGAGAAUGCCAUGAGCUUCCAAGGAUUGUAACACAGAACUGUAAUGAGUUUUUAUGUCCAAACUGGGCUACUAGUGAUUGGAGUGAGUGUCCUGUGACAUGUGGGAAGGGAAUGAGGCAUCGGCAAGUAUGGUGUCACCUGAAUGAUGAAAAACUGAGAGAGAACUUCUGUAAUCCAAACUCUAGACCAGAAUCAGUAAGAUCAUGUGAACUUCAUGAAUGUGCAUCUUGGCAAGUAGGACCAUGGGGAUCAUGUGCUGUGACAUGUGGACGUGGAUACCAAAUGCGUGCAGUCAAAUGUGUGACUGGCACUUAUGGAGUUAUUUUAGAGGAUGACAGAGAGUGCAAUGCUGCUACCCGCCCUAGAGACAGUCAAGACUGUGAAAUGCCUCCUUGUCCAGAAACCACAAAAUUAUGGACAACAUCGCUUCCUGUCAUAGGGAAGGUGACUCAGUGGAGAUAUGGAUCAUGGACCCCAUGCUCUGCAUCUUGUGGAAAAGGGAACCGUGCUCGCUAUGUGAGUUGUAGGGAUGCUCAUGGUGGAGUUGCUGAUGAAUCAUUCUGUACACACUUACCCAGACCACCUGAGAUUUCAAACUGUUUUAGUUCAUGUGGAGAGUGGCAAGCUGGAAAUUGGUCACCCUGCACAGUUACAUGUGAUAAUGGAAUAACAAAAAGACAAGUUGUCUGUGUCAACUACCAUCAACAAAUUGAUGAGAAUUACUGUGAUCCCGAAAGCCGUCCUUCCAACGAGCAAGAGUGUAACAUGCCUCCAUGCCUGCCAGUUUAUCGUCAUAUUCCUAAAAUACAUGAUCAUCCAAGCCAUUUUCCAGAACUAGAUUACCCUCCAAUACACAGGGGCCAUCACCCACAAGAUAAUGUAAAUCAAUGGAGCCAUCCUUCUGUAGGAGGAAACCAGUGGAGAACAGGACCAUGGGGAGCAUGCUCUAGUACUUGUGCAGGUGGAUUCCAACGUCGUGUUGUAGUGUGUCAAGAUGUGGAUGGAAUAAGUGCUAGUCAUUGUGAUGAGGCAACAAAGCCCCCAGAGUCAAGGCACUGUGAUUCUGGACCCUGUCCACGAUGGAACUAUGGGAACUGGGGAGAAUGUACUCAUACAUGUGGAGAUGGAAUAAAGACAAGAUUAGUGAUUUGUCAGCUUCCUAAUGGCCAAAUGUUGAAUGAUCAAAGCUGUGAAAUUCUAGACAAGCCACCUAAUAUAGCACAAUGUAAUGUGCAUUCUUGCCCUGGAGAUGUUUCAUGGCAACGGGGACCAUGGAAAUCGUGUUCCGUUUCCUGUGGAAAGGGUAUAAAGUAUCGUGAUGUGCAUUGUGUGAACAGCAUCCAAAUUAAAUUAGAGGAAGAAAACUGUAGACAUUUAAAGAAGCCUCGAAUCCACAAAGUUUGUAGAGCUGUCAGAUGCCCUGCAUGGAAGGCCAACAGGUGGAAGGAUUGCUCGGUGACCUGUGGAGUGGGGAUUCAACAACGGGAUGUUUACUGUCGGCUGAAAGGCAGGGGUCGAGUGAAUGAAGCAAUGUGUAAUCAUGAUGCCCAGCCCCCUAGUCAGAAGCCCUGUUGGCUGCCUGCCUGUGUGCCGUACCAAUGGGUGACAGAUGAAUGGCAAGAUUGCUCAGCAUCAUGUAGGAAAAAGGAAACACGCCGGAAGGUCAAGUGUGUGGAUGAAAACAAGAUCCAAGUAAAUGAAAGUUCCUGUGAUCCUGCCACAAAGCCUCCAUCGAUCAAAAAAUGCAGGAUUGCUCCCUGUAAAUAUGUUGUGGUUACAGGAGACUUGUCACAGUGUUCAGCCAGCUGUGGGCUUGAUUACUGGCAAAGGAUCACAUACUGUAUUGGAAUCCACACUAUUCGGAAUAAUCGUGCCUAUGGUCUUCGCUCAGUAGCAUAUCGAGAUUGCCCAAUAGUGCCUUCCCCACACAUUUAUAAAUGUAAUAUCAGGGGAUGUUUACAAGCAGCUACUUGGAAAGUGGGGAAAUGGAGCAAAUGCUCAGUAGCUUGUGGAGUGGGAAUAAAGGAAAGAAGAGUAGAAUGCAUGACUGAAAAUGGUUUAUCCAGUGGCUUAUGCCUGUCACGUUUAAAACCAGCAGCCAGAAAGAUCUGUCAUGCAAAAGAAUGUGAAGCUUUCACCAGCUGCAAAGAAAUCCAGAUUAAAAAAAGGAUUAGAAAGGAUGGUGAAUAUUUACUUAACAUCAAAGGAAGAUUGAUAAAGAUUUAUUGUUCGGGGAUGCAGUUUGAGAAUCCCAGAGAAUAUUUAACAUUGGUUAAAGGUGAAGCAGACAACUUUUCUGAAGUAUAUGGAUACAGGUUACAAAAUCCAUACGAAUGUCCUUUCAAUGGAAGCAGAAGGCAAGACUGUGCAUGCAGAAAUGACUACCUUGCUGCUGGACACACUAUUUUUAGCAAAAUAAGAAUUGAUAUAAUCUCUAUGCAAAUUAAAACUACAGACCUUCUCUUUGCUCAGAAUGUAUUUGGGAGAGCUGUUCCUUUUGCUACAGCUGGCGAUUGCUAUAGUGCUGCCAGAUGCCCACAGGGGCAGUUCAGCAUUAAUUUGACAGGCACUGGACUGAGGCUAUCCAGUACAGCUAGAUGGAUUGCUCAGGGCAAUUAUGCAACUGUUGAUAUACACAAAUCCCAAGAUGGUACUAAAAUAUAUGGAAGAUGUGGAGGGUUCUGUGGGAAAUGUAUUCCUAACACAAGUAUUGGUCUCCAACUUCAAAUACAGUAAAAACCCUGAAGUGGUAAGAACAUCAAAAGCAGGAAAAUCUGUCUUUAAGGUGCAAAUUCUAGGUGCUAUUAUUUUUUUCAGUCUUUCAUCUCUGAAAUGUUAAUUUACUACUAAGAAUUCCUUCCCAUUUUCUUCAGUGUUCAGGGGUGCAUAUCAUUGUUUAAUCAUUUAGUGAUGGGCUAACAGGUGCAUAAACCACAAUCAUAAACCCUCAGGUUUUAAUAAAGAGGUAUUCAUUCAAUGUACAGUAUAUACAAACAAAUAAAAUAAACUGCACUGAUGUUACUGCUGGUAACACCUUAAACUGGACCAUAAUUGUAAUACUGUACCUGCAACUAAUCAGUGCACCUCAUUGUACAAUGUACAUUAAAAUGCAUAUACUGUGCUGAUUUUGUUGAUCAACUAUAUUAAAGUGUAGAAAAGAAGGAAACCAAUUAAUAAUUUCAACUACUUUCAGCUUUAUGAAACCUGUUGGGAAUUAUGUUUUGUCAACAAUUUACAUCAGAAGAGUGCAUCAUCAAUAUACUUUUUCCUGAUACAGUUUCUAUAGGUUUUUUUUUUCAUUUCUGUGUUAUUAAAAACAUUCAUUCUCUCUCUCUUUUUGUGGUGCUCAAACAGUAAUAUUAAUUUUGGAAAGUGUAGUUCAAACUCUGUAGUCUCCAUGAAAAAUGUUAAACAUCAAAAUGUUGUUUUGUUGUGGGUACAAGAAAAUAAACACAUCAUAGUUUGAAAAUCUAGUUUUAAAACCCUACCUCUCACACAACUGUGUAUACUGUAAAAGCAGUAUACAAUUUAGUAUGCGGUUGUAUAACUAUACAUAUUUACUUAACCUCUGCCCAGAUACUCCAGACAUUUUAUUUGUUGGAAGUGGCUAACAGCAUAUUAACAAAGCCCUAUCUUGUCUCACUUUCACACCCAGAAUUCCCAUUGACCUUAGUGAAAGUUCUGGGUUCAACAAGGGAAGGUAGGGUUAGGCCAAAGUGUGUGUAGUGCACGUUUUUGAGAAGUGCAGUUUAAUUUUUCAGAGGGCAAUAAAUGCAACUGUAAUGUGCACUGUUAAAAGUGCUUCAGCCUAGAAAAAUUAAACGUAUAGGAGGAAAUGUUUAAAUUUCAGACAUGAUCUAGCUGUUUGAUUUGUUGUUUAGAAUUAGUCCAAGUCCAGAAAUAAGUACAGAAUAAAGAUAACCUGUUUCAGGUAAAUUCUCAGGUAUUCAAAAUAAGAUUUUCUACGUGCAUAAAAGGACACAUUAUGUACUAGAUAAUUAUAGGCAUUUUUCAACUCUAAACCAAAUAUCAGCUAACUAUUUAUAUGCCAGUGAGAACUGGUAGGUCAUAUGGCAGCUAUAGCUUAGUUUUACCCACAAAGUGUUAGCCAAGUUAGGAAUACUUUUUAAUGAAAGGCUAUAUUGUACCACAUACGUUUAAGCAGUUGCUUUUUAGAUAACACAUGUAGAUGACUAUUUUGUGAUCUCUGUAUCAGAAAAGUAUUUUUGCACUAUGUGCCUUAUACUAGUUGUAAACGUGUAUAAGAAAUAUAUAACACUAUUUUCCUAGAAAUGUUUACAUUUAUAAUUAAAAUGUUGUAAUUUAUAAAAUAUUUAUAUAAUAAAUAUGCUUGUGUGAUUGA